AUGGCUCACAACGGAGAGGAACCUUUGGGGAACGACAAGCAGCAAGCGCCGGCAAGCACGCGAGUGCCCUUGCAUCCGAUAGCUAUCAAGCCGAAGCCGACGGCCAGGGCUGGCGUGCCGGGGAGUGGCGGGGCGCCGAAGGCUGUGCAGAUGGCCAAGGGCGCGUCGACGGUGGCCAACAAGGGCUCGGAGGAGAUCGUGCUGACCACCUCGAAAAACUGGAUUCUUCCGCCCCGGGCUAAAAUCAAGAAGGGGAAAGCACACAAGGCGGUGGCGGAGACGAAGCACAUCAAAAAGAACGACAAGCCCGAAAAGCAGAAGGUGAACUCGCAGAUACACUCCAACAUCAACCUGUACACGAACAACCAGCUGGAUUUGAAGGUGCAGCUCCAGAACCCGAACGCCCUCGGUGCCGGAACUCGACGCGGCCACGACGAUCGACCCGAUCAACCUCAGCUACAAUCUGGAGUGCAAGCGGGCGAAGAAGAGCGCAGAUUCGAAGAGCAAGAGCCCCGGCGUGGUGGGCGUGGGCAUCGGCCCGCUGUCGGAGCUCGCUGUGUCGUCGAAGGACAUUCUGUUGAGCACAGCAAAGAGCAGGAAAAAGCCGGACAGCAAGGCCGACGAAGUGAGCCACAAGGCGCAGCUGUUGCUGGCCGAGCAGAUGCGCCAGAAACAGCUGCUGCUGGAGAAACAGCGCCAGGAGCAGGCGCAGAAACAGCUGCACUCGUGCGGCGUCUGCCCUGCUUCGGGCAGCUGUGUGUGCGCCGAGCUGAGCGACCAGACGGGCGAGUGGAUGGGCCCCGCUUUCGACGACGCCGAUCUGCUGGCUCUGGAGCCGCCGGCGGACGAGUUCAAGUUCGGCCACGAUUUCAUGAUGUACGAAUAAAGCUAACGGAUGAUAUUGACUAUUUAGAGAAACGUGAGGUAUGUUCCGACCAGGGCGGUGAAGCCGAGCACGACGUAUCCGGUUCUAUACACGCCCUUGAGCGUGAGCUCCUUGCCAAAGUCCCAGACCAGGUGUCUGACUCCGUUGGCCACGUGGAACGCGAACGGGAACGAGGCUGCCGCCUUGAGGCCCACUUUGGCGGCCACUGGCAGGCCGGCAACAACCGACACGAGCGUGGCCGUAUCGAAGGGCACGCCGGCGAGGCUGGUGAAUGCGUAGGUGCAGGUGACGGCGUAGAAGCCCGCAGCGAGGCCCACGCCGGUGAUUCUGUGGAACGACGACAGAAUCCACGUCAGCUGCGGUUGGUAGAUUUGCAGGUGUGGAGACGACGGUCUGUUUUUUCUCUGUGCGACAAGGAUCUCCUGCUCUUCGGCGGGCGUGGCCUUGAUGGUGACGAGGCUUCUGACGCCGAGGGCGGCGCCCGCGAGCUGGCGUCUUGGGAUCGCGCAGAUCGAUUGGCGUGCGGUGGAAAGCAUUCUGAGACAGGAAUGGAACAACGGAGAGAAAUAAUUUAUUUAGCUGUGUUGCCGUUUGCACGACUCUUAAUUUUUUAG